AUGUUUAACUCCUUCCGUUCGGCUUCCAAGCGUGCAAUCAAUAGUAAGCUUGUCACCGGAGCCGUAGCAACUUCAGCCUUAACUGCUUCAUAUGUCCUUUACCAGGACUCACAGGUUGCUGAGGCUAUGACCGCUGCUGAGCACGGAUUGCACCCUCCAGAGUACGGUUGGUCCCACAAUGGUAUGUUCGAUACUUUCGACCAUGCUUCCAUCAGAAGAGGAUUCCAAGUGUACAGAGAAGUCUGUGCGGCUUGUCACUCCCUAGACAGAGUUGCAUGGAGAAAUCUGGUUGGUGUGUCUCAUACGACCUCCGAAGCUAAGGAAAUGGCUGAAGAGUUUGAGUACGACGACGAGCCAGAUGACCAGGGUAACCCCAAAAAGAGACCAGGUAAGCUGGCGGACUACAUUCCGGGUCCAUAUGCUAAUGAGCAGGCUGCUAGAGCCGCUAACCAAGGUGCCCUACCACCUGACUUGUCAUUGAUUGUUAAAGCUAGACACGGUGCAUGUGACUACAUUUUCUCUCUGCUAACUGGAUACCCAGACGAACCUCCCGCAGGUGUCCAAUUACCACCUGGAACUAACUACAACCCUUACUUCCCAGGAGGAGCUAUUGCCAUGGGAAGAGUUCUGUUUGAUGGACUUGUUGAAUACGAAGAUGGUACUGAAGCUACCACUUCCCAGAUGGCCAAGGAUGUCACUACCUUCCUUAACUGGGCCGCUGAACCAGAACACGAUGAGAGAAAGAAGAUGGGUCUGAAGGCCAUCAUUAUCACAUCCUCUCUGUACCUGUUGGCUGUUUGGGUCAAGAAGUUCAAAUGGCAACCGAUCAAGAAUAGAAAGAUUGUUUGGACCCCACCAAGAAAAUAA